AUCAAUCUGUCAAGUUAGUGCUUUUAUAUUGGAAAAUUUAGGUUUAUGCGGUAGCUUCAAAAUUUUCACAUUCAGAUUUCUGAGAGCAUGGUUUUGCCCCGGAUUCAGUCCCGGUUUUUCCCUUUGCCAUUAAUUUUGACCAUGAUGGAGAAAGAAGCUAAGAAAGCAAUGAAGUUUUAACAAUAAUAAUAACAAAGCCAUUUAGUUCCAAGCAAAUUGGGAUAGGCAUAGGCAAUAAAGUCAAUAGCAAGGGUUCCCUUUUCCUCAUUUAAUUUUUCAUCUUUGUUCUUGAGAUUGAGCCUAUUUGUUAUUCAGAAUUGGUUAGGAGCUUAUAAGGAUAUAUUGCAAACUGAUAUAAGGUUCGACACCAUUAAAGCUUAAGUUUGUAAACAAUGUGUAAACUGGACAUCAAGACCUGAAACCAGGAAAGCUUUUGCGGAAGUUUCUAGUGUGCAUAUUUUUCAUAUAUUACUCUUGAAAUUAUAGAGACCAUCUGUGGGUUCCAACAUGGAAAGGAAAUACGGAGAAAUAAUUCCUGGAUCCCACAGAAUAGAACUACAUUUCUAGUACAAUCAACUAAAUGCAAGUGUCUGUUGGAUUAGCAUUGCUCUCUAUUAACAAAAGACAAAUGGACGACACUAAAGGUUGGAGGUGUCAGAAGUGUUCCAAAAUACUAAGAACCCUCCUAGAUACCAGCUAAUGAAAUGCUUGGAAAGUGACCCUCUCGACAUCAAAAGUAGUCCCUUUAUGUUUGCUAUGUUGGCCAUGCAUGGCAAAAACCUACUACACAAACACUGAAAUAGUUAUUCCAGCUCAUCUUUUAAUUGCAUAAUAACAUGGAUACAUUUGGGUACUGCCCACUACCUGAUCAUCUUAUUUGGCACCGUAAACAUAAAAAUAUCAGCAUGGCAGGCAUCAUUGAGAGCCUUUGAUGAUCAGAUAGCAUGCAUAUAUAUAGCUGAAAUUAAUUUCCAGCCAAGAAUGCCAUCGAAUAUUAUACUUGCGAAUUCAAUAUCUUGAUUGUGAUGAACACAACUUUCUAAGGCUUAUAAAUAGCCCAAAUUCUCCUCUUAUGCUGUAUCAGACACUCAGACUCACACAAUAUGCAUCCUUACAUUCAGAUACACACCAUUGUUCUCUGCAUCAUCAUAUCCAGCUUCUUCAUCAGCUGCAAUGCAGAAGAUACCAGACCACCCCAGACCCAGAGCAGCCUGGUUCUUGGCCUUAGCCAUAUCAGAUCUCUGUAUACCCCAUCCAUGGCACUUGUGAACUCCACAAGCUAUGACUUCUUGGACAUCAUAGAGCCAGUGACAGCAUACACAGACGGCUACCUGCUGUCCCUGAACCUUGGCACUCCCCCACAGGUGUUCCAAGUGUACUUGGACACAGGGAGUGACCUCACCUGGGUCCCCUGUGGCAGCAGCAGCAGCUACCAGUGCCUGGAUUGUGGGUCCUCCGUGAAGCCGACUCCGACGUUCCUGCCGUCAGAAUCCACGUCGAACACGAGGGACCUCUGCGGGAGCCGCUUCUGCGUCGACGUCCACAGCUCCGACAACAGGUUCGACCCGUGCGCGGCGGCGGGGUGCGCCAUCCCGGCCUUCACGGGCGGCCAGUGCCCCAGACCUUGCCCUCCGUUCUCCUACACCUACGGCGGCGGAGCACUGGUCCUCGGCUCCCUCUCCAGGGACUCCGUGACGCUCCAUGGAAGCACACACGGCAGCGGCGCCGGCGCCGGCCCUCUCCCCGUGGCCUUCCCUGGCUUCGGCUUCGGCUGCGUGGGCAGCUCCAUCAGGGAGCCGCUCGGCAUCGCCGGGUUCGGCAGGGGCGCCCUGUCCCUGCCGUCCCAGCUCGGGUUCCUCGGCAAGGGCUUCUCCCACUGCUUCCUCGGCUUCCGGUUCGCGAGGAACCCCAACUUCACCAGCCCGCUGGUGAUGGGCGACCUCGCGCUGUCGUCGGCGUCGACGGACGGCGGCUUCGUCUUCACCCCGAUGCUGACGAGCGCCACGUACCCGAACUUCUACUACGUCGGCCUGGAGGGUGUCGUCCUCGGAGACGACGACGGCGGCUCCGCCAUGGCCGCACCUCCCAGCCUGAGCGGCAUCGACGCGCAGGGCAACGGCGGGGUGCUGGUGGACACCGGGACGACGUACACGCAGCUGCCGGACCCGUUCUACGCGUCGGUGCUGGCGUCGCUCAUCUCCGCCGCGCCGCCGUACGAGAGGUCCCGCGACCUGGAGGCGAGGACGGGGUUCGACCUCUGCUUCAAGGUCCCCUGCGCGCGCGCCCCGUGCGCGGACGACGAGCUGCCGCCGAUCACCCUCCACCUCGCCGGCGGCGCCAGGCUGGCGCUGCCCAAGCUGAGCAGCUACUACCCCGUGACCGCCAUCAGGGACUCCGUGGUCGUCAAGUGCCUGCUGUUCCAGAGGAUGGAAAUGGAAGACGACGGCGAUGGCACGAGCGGCGGCGGGCCGGCGGCGGUGCUGGGCAGCUUCCAGAUGCAGAACGUGGAGGUCGUGUACGAUCUCGCGGCGGGGCGUGUCGGGUUCCGUCCGAGGGACUGCGCGCUUCACGCCUAGUGAUAGCGGUGCAUCGCACGUACUACGUGUGUACGUACGUGCACUGGCAUGCAUGGAUCGAUGGUGCACGCGGUACAUGCAACGACAAGCAUGACAUCUUGUCAGUGCACGAUCGAACGGUGCGCGCGUGCAUGCCGCAGGCGCUGUUUGGAUGUUCGGUUAAUUAAUCUGAUGAGGUGAUCCGUACGAUGUGCGUGCGGGAUUCAAGCGGCCGUACCGUACGUACCAAAUACCAAGGCACUAAGAAAAAGGGGAAGUUUCAUGCCGCGAGAGCAGGUGGCGUGCAAUGGGGAGUCGUUACGAGUAGUACUACCUUUUUUAUUGAGACGCAAAUAAAAGGCACUUUAGUUAUGUCUUUA